AUGACCUCGGACCGCCAGCUUCGCGUCGGGGUGCUUGCGCUACAAGGAGCUUUCCGAGAACACCUCGAAUACUUGGCCCAGGCGGUGGCCGCCGCCCCGUUCCCGGGGAUCCAGUGGCACUUCUGCGAGGUGAAAACACCGGCGGAGCUCGAACGGUGCGACGGGCUAGUCAUCCCCGGCGGCGAGCUGACGGCGAUGCUGCUCAUUGCCCAGCGCACGGGGAUGGUCGAGCCGUUGCGGGACUACUGCACCACCCACCCGGUGUGGGGGACGUGUGCCGGGCUCAUCUUGCUUGCCACCACCAUUGUUGACGGUAAGCCCGAUCAGGUGGCGCUUGGCGCGCUUGACGUCGAGGUGAGGCGCAACGCGUUUGGCCGCCAGCUCGAUCUGUUCACGGCGCCAGUGGCCUUCCCCUGGUUGAAAGGUGAACCGUUUGAAACAGUGUUUAUCCGGGCGCCAGUGGUGACUAAAGUGGAGCCAGGGGUAGAGGUGUUGUCGACGGUGGAGCGUGGCGACGGUAGUAAAGUGGUGGUGGCGGUGCGUCAGCGCCGGGUGCUUGGUACCAGUUUCCACCCGGAGCUCGCCGGCGAUUACCGCUUCCACCGGUGGUUUCUUAGCGAGUUUGUCGUGGGUGACUCGGCAUCGCCCGCAUCAGCAUAG